GUACACAGUACGAUCAACCCAAAAGCAAUCAAAAUGUUCACCAAACUGAUCUGCAUUGCCGCCCUGGCCAUCUCGUGCGUCUGUGCCAAACCGGGAGUCGUCGCUCCGGUUGCCUACUCUGCUCCUUUGGUCGCUGCUCCGGCUCCAGCUUUCGUGACAGCUCAGAGCUCGCAGGUCAUCGCUCGUAACUACAACGGAGUUGCUCCCCUGGCUUAUACGGCCGCCGUGGCUGCUCCAUUGGCUUACGCCGCUCCAGUUGCCAAGGUCGCUGCUCCUUUGGCUUACUCGGCUCCUCUGGCCUACACUGCUGCCGCUGCUUAUGCUGCUCCGUUUGCCGCUCCAUUCGCGUCUCCAUAUGCUGCCUAUCGUUACAGCCCAUACGUGCUGUAA